CAGCAGCCAUCGGAGCUUAGGACUAAAGAACAACUCCAAAUCCAUCGACUCCUUCUCUUAUACCGGGAUCCCCUGCCGUGCUUAUUUCGACCAUCAUGAAGUUCCUCGCCAGCGUUUCCUUCCUUGCGGCUCUUGCCAGCGCCGCUGUGGUUGACAUCACCAGGCGUGAGACUGAGAGCCCGCUUGAGGUCAAGAUUGAGCUCUCGGGCAACAGCGCCGUCAGGGCCAGCAUCACAAACACCGGCAGCUCCGCCAUCAAAGUCCUCAAGACGGGCUCUAUCCUCGAUACCGUUGAAGUUGAGAAGUCGCAGGUUUUCCUCGGCAACGAGAAGAUCGCCUUCGAUGGUGUCCGUCUCAUGGUCGACACCGCGGCCCUGACCGAGGAGUCCUUCCGCCUUAUCUCCGCCGGCGAGACCGUCGAGGUUGAGUGGGACGUCGCCAUCGGCCACGACCUGAGCGCCGGCGGCGACUUCGACUUCACCACGGCCGGCGCCCUCUCCUACGCCGAGGAAGACUCGACCGAGAUCGCCGGCGUGGUUCCCUACAGCUCCAACGUGCUGCACGCCCACGUCGACGGCGAAGCCGCGGCCAUGGUCCGCCGCGAAUUCCACGACAUGCUCGAGAAGCGCUUCGCCGUCCAGAGCGACUGCUCCGGCACCCAGCGCACGGCGACCGUCAACGCCAUCAGCGCGUGCCGCAGCCUCGCCGUGACGGCCGCCUCCUGGGCCAGCUCCGGCUCGGCCGCCAAGAUGAACGAGUUCUUCAAGUCGUCCACCUCGGCCACCCGCAGCACCGUCGUCGGCGUCUUCAACCGCAUCGCCUCCGAGUGCGGCAGCACCACCUCCGGCGCCCGCCAGCACUGCCGCGACAUCUACCCCGGCGGCGCCUGCUCGAACGGCGUCGUCGCCUACGCCGUCCCCGCCCAGAACUACGUCGUCAACUGCCCUUACUACUUCACCUUCCCGGCCCGCUCUGGCAGCUGCUACGGCAUCUCCCACGCCAGCACCACCCUGCACGAGGCUACCCACCUUCGCCACGUUGCCGGCACUACCGAUUACUGCUAUGGCUACAGCUGCGUCCAGCGCUUGAGCACCGCGCAGAACCUGAACAAUGCUGACACCUACGCCCUGUAUGCCCAGUCUAUCUACGCUGGUUGCUAAAGGAGAUGAUGAGAGUCACCUCGUUGCUAUUCUCUCAGCAUAGUUUAGCGAGCGGUCAGACCAUAGUGGAUUAGCAUUAGCAUGUUAGACGUUAGCGGCCAAUCUUUUCCAGUCCACUCCUGAGUCCUCCGACAGGUAGUUACAACUUACAAAU